AGAAGCAGCAGUUCGUUCACAUUAGACAAAUAAAUAACCGCUGUGGCCUGUGGGGAAAAGAAAUUAAAAAAAAAAAAAAAGUCCGCAACGGUCCAACGAUGCUCCUCCACCUCCACUCCCGCGACCUGCGCACCGCCGUCGCCGCCGCCGCCGUCGCCGGCGCCUCCAAACCGCCAUGGAGCGGCGGCGGCGGCGGCGGAGGUCGGCGUUCGUCCUGCCGCCCGUUCUCGGCCCGCGCCGAUCCGCCCUUCCCGAGGCCUCUCACCGCCAGCUCGCCGAAGACAUCCGCCGCCGCCGCAUCGCCGGAGACCGCGGCCGUGAAGGUGGAGACGAAGCCCCCCGUGUGCACCGCCGACGAGCUCCACUACGCGCCGGUGCCGGGCACGGAGUGGAGGCUCGCGCUGUGGCGCUACACGCCCUCGCCCGAGGCGCCCAAGAGGAAUCAUCCUUUGAUGCUCUUAUCAGGCGUGGGGACGAAUGCAAUCGGGUUUGAUCUUUCCCCUGGGGCUUCAUUUGCUCGCCACAUGGCUAGCCAAGGAUUUGAUACGUGGAUCGUUGAAGUGAGAGGUGCUGGCUUGAGCAUGCGCGCAUCUGAGUCCAAUAAGCUUGGUAGAUCUGAUUCAGAUGCCACUUGUAAGGACAGCUCAAACGGUGUUGUAGAAAGACAAUCAACUCUAGAAUCAGUUCAAGCACAAAAUUCUGAUACUCUCAUAGUAAAUGGAAAUAAGCCAGAAACAGCUACUUGGGAUGAGCCACAGUUAGUGACAAAGCUGACAGCUACUUUUAUGCGCUUGGCUGAAACCCUUUCAGGCUAUUUGAAUGAAGGUCAAUCAAGGGUUAUUUCUGCAAAAUUCUUUGAUCGUAUAUCGAAACUUCUUGAAGAUGCUCGAUUAAAUCAAAGGCUUAAUGAGAUCGCAGAAAAAAUUUCAGGUUUAUUAGAAGCCAGGGCACAAAAUUCUACCGUGGCAAACCAAAUAAGAGAUUUGAGUCAGCGUCUUGUUAAGACUAUUGAAGAAGGUCAGCGAACUGUUUCACCUCAGCUAUUUGACUUGCAAGAACGCUUUUCAGCAACUAUAGAGGAUUUCCAGAAACAACUGGAUUUGAUUGUCACAUAUGAUUGGGACUUUGAUAACUACUUGGAGGAGGACAUACCUGCUGCGAUGGAUUAUAUAAGUCUGCAGAGCAAGCCCAAAGAUGGAAAGUUGCUUGCGAUUGGUCACUCAAUGGGGGGGAUUUUGUUGUAUGCCAUGCUCUCUAAGUGCUGUUUUGAAGGAGUGAAUCCUCGUUUAGCGGCAAUUGUUACUUUGGCAUCUUCUGUAGACUAUACAACAUCGAAUUCUUCGCUCAAAUUGUUAUUACCUCUUGCUGAUCCAGCACAGGCUCUAAAUGUUCCUGUUGUACCAUUGGGGGCAUUAUUGGCUGCAGCUCAUCCUUUGUCAUCCCGCCCACCUUUUGUUUUGUCAUGGCUUAAUCCCCAAAUUUCAGCACAGGACAUGAUGCACCCUGAGUUGUUCUCAAAGCUUGUUUUAAAUAAUUUUUGUACAGUUCCUGCCAAGGUUCUCCUACAGCUGACAACAGCCUUCCGCGAAGGCGGUCUUUGCAACAGAACAGCCACUUUCUAUUACAAGAAUCACCUGCAGAAUUGCAGUGUUCCUGUUCUGGCACUUGCAGGGGAUCAGGACCUGAUUUGUCCUCCUGAAGCUGUGUACGAAACUGUAAAGCUCCUUCCUCAGCAAAUGGUCACCUACAAGGUCUUUGGAAAACCUGAUGGCCCUCAUUAUGCUCACUACGACUUGGUCGGGGGACGACUGGCAGUGAAUGAAGUAUAUCCAUGUAUCAUAGGGUUUCUUUCUCAGCAUGACAAGAGACAAUCACAGUGAUUUUUUGGAUUGGAAGCAGAAACUGGAGAUCAUACAGGAUGUUAAAACACAGCAAAUUUCUGGAAUGAGAUGUUUAGUUGCAGAACUGUAAAAUUAAAUACAGCUUUUGUAUCUUAUGUAUACAUACGAAACAGGUGUCAUGCAUUUGUAAACGCACGUUGGAUUUUUUUUCUUCCUGGAGGGAUCUGUUGAAAAAAAAAAACAUAAUUUUUUUAAUUAUAGAAAUGGAAAUAGUAUUGUUGGGUUUUCUUUC